AUGCAUGACAUGAUGAGAGAAAUAUGCUUAUCUAAAGCCAAAGAAGAGAACUUUCUUCAAGUCAUGGAGGUCCCUACUUCCACCUCUACUAUCAAUGCUCAAACUCCUAGUAGAGCUCGAAGACUCGUUGUACAUAAUGGUAAUGCACUUGAUAUGUUGGGACAUAAAAACAAAAAAGCAGAUCUGUUUUGUGUCCCAGUCGAGGGAAACUUGUGGAAGCCAGCCAUCUCAGUUUUCCAAAGUUUACCAUUACUCAGGGUGCUAGAUCUGCAUAAUGCCAAGUUUAAAGGAGGGAAGUUACCUUCCAGCAUUGGAGAGCUCAUUCACUUGAGAUUCUUGAGCUUACAAAUUCUGUACAGUAUCUCAUCUGCCUCGGUCUCUACGGAAUCUAAAGCUUCUGAUCUACCUCAACUUAUUCGUAGACUUGGUGAGGAAAUUGCAGAUGGAGGAGGAUCCAAUGCCGAUUCUGGAAAAGUUGCUUCAUUUAAAGUCGGUUGUAUUAUCAUUAAUGGUUUCGUCGGGAAAAGAAUGGUGUGCUCAAAAGGUGGAUUUCCCUCAGUUACAUUUUCUAGAAUAUCCAAUCAAGAAGAGUUGGAAGAGUGGAUCGUAGAAGAAGGGUCAAUGCCAUGUCUUUGUUCUUUGGUAAUAGAUGAUUGCAAAAAGUUGAAGGAGCUGCCGGAUGGGCUGAAGUAUAUAACUUCCUUUAAAGGAACUGGAAAUUAA